AUGACAGCAAAUAAGCAUCUCGAGCUUGUACCCACGGCUACUUUACGCCCCAGGCUCAAUCCAUAUGAUAGGCUUCUCGCCCGCUUUUACGAGCCACUAUUCCUUCUGAAAGCAUUGGGUCAGACUCGCGGCGAACACACGUCCCAACCCCCUAGCCGCGAUGCUGGCCAGGCCAUCAGGCGAAGGUUCCUCUUGAACCUUUGUUCCAUAUGCGACUUCAAGAAAGGAGGAGGUUCUUGCACUGCAAUCGCCCUAGAAGACAGCCCCGCCUGCUACCGGUUCUGGAUAGCCUCAAACAAAGAGAAUGAAAAGAUAGUCGGGUUUGUCAAGAAAGUGCUCAGCAUUAUGCGUGACACAGAAGCUCUUCCCAGCUCUAGUCUGGCCCACGCCAAAGCCCAGUUUAUUCUAUACUGCGCGGACUUCGCAGCCGCCCGUAUAGAGGACGAACGCAAGUGUCUCCGAAGAGAGGCGCAGAGAAGCGUUUCAAUGCUCCUGAAGCAGAGCUCGGAAACAGCCCAGAACUUGCUCAGAUGGUUGGAGCAGGUGAUUGACCACAGAGAUAAUAUUCCGCUGUGUGCCUUUGCAUACAGGAACCGCCAUUCGCUGUAUAUGAACGAGCUUGAAAGCUGGGCCAGCUACGAAAAUAGAAGCCUGGGCUAUGAAGCCAGACGUUCAUCGUUUGAAUUGGUUCGACAUUACAUGGGGAGGCUUGCCCACCACGUACGGGCACCAAAAGCCCUCAUCGAAGAUGCGAGCCAGUUGGGCCACUUAUUGGAAGCGUACGACGUCCGCGCAAUGAGCCAUCCUCAUCCUGUGCCUCCGCCAGUGUGUGACUCGCAUACAAACCUUCACGGGAUCGUCAAGCGCAUGUUCCCGCGAGACGAUCCUGAAAAGGCGAUUAUUGAAGACGGCCUGAUCUACAUGAACAAGACCUCUGGAAUAUUCAACACCUUCAUAUCCCAGUACCAGAGCCCAGGCCUACAGGUUCACGCAGAGGUGCAGCUACUGGAACACUUUUAUAAGAAGCGACUUUCUUUCGUGGGCCACGACCGAUUUAUCGCCUGCAGUAAGCCGGCGUGUUUGUGUUGCGAAUUGUACUUCAAACACCAUCCAGCCCGCAUGGUUGUGCCUUCAUCGCACUGUAAGAUCUGGACGAGCUGGAGUCCUCCAUAUGUGCCACAAUUCACGAAAGAUGACCCUGAAUCCAGGCUGCAGAAGAAGCUGUUAAGCGACGUAACGCAAGACCUUCGCGAACAAAUUAUUCGCCAGGUUUUGGAACGCUCACGAUCGAGCCGCUGGCACCCAGACUCUAGAACAGGAAUCACAGAGACAUACCCUGCUGAUGCUUUUGGCAUCCAUCAGGCACAAGACGAUGAACCCGACAAAGAUACCGAAGGAGAGCUGGACCUCAGCCUCGAUCCAGACGAUGGUGGCGUUCUAAUAUAUGUUUAG